UCGACUGUCAUGCCUUCACCAGGCACGCAUUGGGAAACACAUGGUGGCAAAGUAUCCCAUACACACUAAACUUCGCCGAUUCAUUUAUCACGUGUUUUCUAAGCGGUUUUCGUCAAAUAAGACAAAAUGUCGCAGCUACAGGCCCGGUUCUUCACCGAAAACAAAAAAUAUCUGGUAGAUGAUGUUCCGUUCUCCAUCCCUGCCUCCUCCGAGGUUGCAGAUCUCAGCGGUGUCAUCAACAAACUGCUAGAAGCCAAGAGCGCUGGACACAAACAUGUUGAGUUUGAUUUCCUGGUUCGAGGUCAGUUUCUUCGCACUUCGCUGGACAAACACAUUGAGACGGAGAACAUCUCAACGGAAGAGGUGGUGGAAAUAGAGUAUGUGGAGAAGCUCACGGCCCCUCAACCUGAGGAGUGUAUCAUGCACGAUGACUGGAUCAGCUCUGUGGAGGCAGAUUCAGAAUGGAUCCUGACAGGCUCUUAUGAUAAGACUGCACGGAUUUGGUCUAUGGAGGGGAAGGCUGUGAUGACUGUGGCUGGACAUGCUGAUGUUGUGAAGGAUGUGGCCUGGGUGAAAAGAGAUGGUUUGAACUCUGUGCUCCUGACGGCGUCUCUGGAUCAAACUGUCAUGUUAUGGGAGUGGAAUUCUGAACGAAACAAAUUGAAGGCCAGACACUGUUGUCGAGGACAUGCAGGAAGCGUCGACACCAUUGCUGUUGACCCCACUAGGACAAAGUUUUGCAGUGGCUCGUGGGACAAAAUGCUUAAGAUUUGGUCUGCAGUGCCAACAGAAGAAGAGGAUGAGAUUGAAGAACCCAACAGACCACGCAAAAAACAGAAAACUGAGCAGAUGGGGCUCACACGGACUCCACUCAUGACUCUGUCUGGCCACAGCGAGGCAGUAUCCUCUGUGCUCUGGAUGGACGCAGACGAGCUAUGCAGUGCAUCAUGGGAUCACACUAUCCGUCUUUGGGAUGCAGAGACCGGUGGGCAGAAGAGUACAUUAUCAGGCAGUAAGGUCUUCAACUGCAUCUCCUUCUCUCCAUUGUGUCGUCGUCUGGCAUCAGGCAGCACUGACAGACAUGUGCGUCUGUGGGACCCAAGAUCUAAAGACGGGUCUCUAGUUCUCCUCUCACUGACGUCUCACAACGGCUGGGUGACGGCGGUCAGAUGGGCUCCGUCUCAUGAACAUCAGCUGGUGUCGGGAUCUCUAGAUAAUGUUGUGAAGCUGUGGGACACCAGGAGCUGUAAAGCACCACUGUAUGAUCUUGCUGCUCAUGAAGACAAAGUACUGUGUGCUGACUGGACAGAGAAUGGGUUGAUUUUAAGUGGAGGAGCAGAUAACAAACUCUACACAUACAAAUACGCCGCCUGUGUCUCAGACGCAGGAGCGUAAAGCCCUCAGGGCGGCCAUUUUAGGAUCACCUCAGAAGCGAAAACAACCACAACAACUCUGCUUUAUAACCUACAAAGUGUUCCAGCUCCAAACAAACAAGACCUUAAAGCCUUACAAGAGACACAUUUCUUUGUAAAUCAUGUGGAUGUUCAUCAUAUUCUCCUUCUCACAUUGUUUAAUCAAACAAUUCUUGUAUAAAUUGCUUGUAUUUCAUACAGUAUAGUCGCAAAGGGUUCUUGGUUUUUAAAUUGAGUUCAGUGCAACAGGUUACACCAGUUGACCAGUAAUUUACAUGUAAUUUAAUGUGUUCUGCUCAUGAGUCAGACAAAUGGUGUUAUAUUUUUGUUUGUUUGAUAUUAAACCUGUGAUUCUCAAUACAAUGUCUGAAACCA